AUCUCAUUGCCUCGUUUUAUUUCCUGAGUGUGAAGCCGUGGUGAAGAGUGGUGGAGUGUGGAGGAAUGCAAGCCAAAAUGCAGACUCGUGUCAGAUGUAAUGGGAGGAUUUUCCUGGCUGUUUGUAUAAUCCUCUUUAUGGGAUACACAGCACAAGGUGUUCCAGUGCAGAAAGCAAGAUUUCAGAGGGUAAGAUGCAGACCUGACAUCUCGUCUGCUAACUGCAUUGAAGAAAAAGGACCGUUGUUUGAAAUUUCUGAAAGUGGAGCUAACAGAAUCCUCCCUCCCAAGGCUGAUCCAUUUCUGAUGAAGAGAUUUCAGGAGCAACCUGAUAUUUUCUCGCUUUAUGGUGAGGAAUCUGGAUCUGGGGCUGACGACAUACCUGAAACAGAAUCAGAAUCUGGGUCAGGAAUUGAUUACAAUGUUGAGUAUCCUAACUUGUCAUCUUCUGGCUUGGUGCAAAAAGAGGAGUUGAAGCAGGAACUAACAAAUGAAGAUUUAAUGCUGUAAGAAAGAAGACUUUAUCUCUAUCAUAAUGAUUAUUUACAGCACUUCUUCUAUGUUGUAUAACUAAGUGAUUAGUCUUAGGACAAACAGUUUUAUAAAAAUUAUAAUCCAACAAAAGUGCCUUAUAAUCUUUAUUGCUUUUCUUCACUAAAAAAAUCUUUGUUAAAUGUGACCUUACCUAAAUUUAUAUGUGCAUUUUAUAUCUAAGCUUGGGAUGUUUCUGAAAUCAUGGGAAGAUGGAAUCUAAAAGAUCCACGAUAGUCUUGCUUGAGACAAAUAUUAGUAUAGAAAA